AGCGUUACUUAAGCGGAGACUUGUUACAUAGCGCUCGUAAUUGCAUCUUCUUUAUCUAGAAGUUGUAACACAUCCGUCUUUCUGCGACGGAUGAUUAAGUGCUGCGAUCGAGCUUCUCUGGUUUUCAGUCACUUGCUGCAUUUUAACGCUUAACGGCGGACAGCAUUACAGUCAAGAUGCUUAAAGCCAUCGGUCAAACUUUCUUUUCUUCUGGACUCCAGAACCCAAAGUCCACCACUCAACAGAGUAAGGGUGAAGACUAUGAGGUCCGCACUUACCAUACAACAAACUGGGUCAGCACAGCUGUGACUGGCAUGGAACAGGACUCGGCGUUAAGCACAGGCUUCAGAAGACUCUUCAAAUACAUUCAAGGGAAUAAUGAGAAGAAGUCUAAGGUGGAGAUGACGGCACCAGUGAGCUGUCUGAUUGAGCCUGGUGCUGGACCCGCUUGUGAAAGCACCUUCACUGUGUCCUUCUACAUCCCUGAGGAACAUCAGGCUGACCCACCCAAACCCACUGAUCCAGAUGUUUUCAUCGAAAAUAGAAAAGAGCUCACAGUGUUUGUGAGGACCUUUGGAGGCUUUGCUAACAGUGAGAGCUGCCGUGCGGAGCUUCUGAAUCUGAUAGAGAGCCUCAAGCGAGAUGGGAUGAAAUUCAAGGAGGCUCCAUUUUACAGAGCGGGAUAUGACAGCCCCUUCAAACUGACCAACCGCCGGAAUGAAGUGUGGCUGAUCAAAGAUGAAGAAUAAAAGUCCUAAAGAUCAAAUGGUCAUAUCUCAUGAUGUGAAUGAAGAGGAGGUCAAUUUUUGUGUUUGAACUUAACAAUUGUUAUUGUGCAGAUGCUUUGUUUACCGUGUGCCACAAGUGCCUGAAUGUUUUUAUAUGAGAAUUUAACACUACUAACACUAAUCUGACCAAUAUAUUUUACACCGGCAUUAAAACUUGAGGUACCUGCAGUUAACUGUGAAAUUGUACAAAAAUAAUGUUGAAAUAAUUUCUAAUCGGCUGUCAGACUGAAAUAUUGCCUAAAUCUCAGUGUUUGCAAUGGCAUAGAUUUUGGUUUAAAUUUACUAACGUAUCAAAGCACUUACUGUAUGUUUGUAGAGGCACAAGUACUGCAUGACGACUGAAUUGCUAACUUUUUAAAAUCUUGUGAAUAUGUAUAAUCUCAUCUCUAUUUAGAGUUUUUAUAUUGCACUGAAUCUUAAAUCUAACAAUUUAAGGGAACAAUAACGUUGUAUUAACUUUAACUUUUACUUUGUCAUUUUGGUCUUAAAAUAACUUGUACACAUUUGUGACCCUGGACCACAAAACCGGUCAUGAGUAGCACGGGUAUAUUUGUAGCAAUAGCCACCAA